AUGGUUAUUAAAUCGAACCUUCCCGAAAUUAAGAUUCCAGUUAAAGCUUUUCAUGAUUUCGUUUUCGAUGAAUGGCAUAAAUUCAAAGAUAACAUAGCUGCUAUUGACAAUGACUUAAAAGAACAACUUACUUUUCAACAAUUAAUGGAUCAAUCCAAAUUCAUCGCAAAAGCUUUGUUGAAUUUGGGAGUUGAAAAAAGUGAAGUUGUCUGCCUCGUUAUGGAUUGGUCCCCGACUGCAAUUUAUAUUACUUUGGGGGUUUCACUAGCUGGAGCAGCGUUUCAAAUAGUGAGCCCGAAGCUAAGGGAAUGGGAGAUGCAAUUUCCAGUGAUUGAAAGCGAAACUCGAUUCAUAUUUGCCGAUGAGCAUGGGAUCAAAGAGAUCAGCAAAUUGAUGGCAUCUCUCAAUAGGGACCAUCGAAUAAUUUGCACUGGAGGUCGGGACAACGCCCUGGGAUUUCCCAUUAUCUCUGAUCUUUCGCAUUCCGCUAGUCAGGAUUGCCUUUUACCUGAAAUUGACCCAGAAUUUGACGUUGUAUAUUUGCCGCAUUCGAGUGGAAUUCAUGGGAAACGCAAAGGAAUCUUAACGACGCACCAUGUUAUGGUUGCGAAAACAAUGGUUAUGUGGAACCCGUCCGAACACAAAGAAUUUAACGAAGGCGAAAUUACAGUAGCCAUGAUGCCACUACACAAACAAAUGGGUUUGGACUCUGUGUUUUGCUCAUUGCUUAGUGGGAUGACAGUAGUAACACAGAGAAAUUUUUGUGUGCAUACAUUGAUGACUUGCUUGCAGAAAUAUAAAGUUCGCACAAUUUAUUGCUCGCCGUUUAUGAUGAAUAUGAUGAUUUUUGAAACACAAAAUCACGAAUACACUAUUGAAAACUUGGAAACUAUAAUUACUGGAGCCGAUGCCGUCACAGAAGAACUUCACGAUGAGUUCCUUGCCAAAUUUCCUUCGGUGAAGAUGAUUGUUCAAACGUAUGGAAUGACAGAAGUUGGUUUGAUUUCGAGAACAUAUGAUAGCAAAUUUGUGAAUUCUUGUGGGCAACUUGCCGCGAACCUUGAGUUGAAGAUCAUCGACAUUCUUACCGGCACAGAGCUCGGGCCGAACGAGAAAGGCCAAAUAUUUGUCAAAGGACUUGCUGCAAGCUCUCCAUAUUUGAAUAAUCCAGAAGCGACUGCUGAGCAUUUCAUUGAAGGUUGGAGGAAAACAGGAGAUAUUGGGUAUUAUGAUCAGAACGAGAAUAUUCACAUCGUCGACAAGCUCAAAGAAAUGAUAAAGGUUUUCGGAUUCCAAGUGGUUCCAAAAGAGAUUGAAACCCUUCUUUUAACUCAUCACUCGGUUGAAGAAUCUGCAGUAGUGGCGAUUAACAACGAAAUUUCUGGAGAACGACCGGUAGCAUUCGUGGUCCUGAAAGAAGAUCAUACAGCGACUGAAGAAGAGCUGAAAGAUUAUGUGAACAGGCGAGUUAUUCGCUACAAGCAUCUUGUUGCAGUUCACAUAGUCAAAAUUUUACCGAAAUCGCCAUGUGGUACUGUUCUUCGUCGACUAUUGGCGGAAGCUGCGGUGUUGUCAGUAGCAGAAAUUGGUGAAAUUGAAAAGGAAAUGGUGCAAAGCACAACAAAAAGGAAAAGAACAGAUUCGGCAAGUACGAUAGCGUAA